AUGGCCAAGCUGCGCGGCCCGCGGGGCCCGGGGCGGCCGGAGGGCGAGGGCGGCCAGGGCCCCCGCCGGACCCCGGACCCCGCCCUCCACCCCCGCCCCGACGACGACGACGACCUCAGCUCCCUCGGCUCCGACUCGGAGCUCAACGGCUUCGCCCAGCGCCGCAUCGACAAGUUCGGCUUCAUCGUCGGCGCGCAGGGAGACCAGGCCGCGCUGGAGGAGGUCCCGCUGGAGGUGCUGAGGCAGAGAGAGGCCAAGUGGCUGGACAUGCUCAACAGCUGGGACAAAUGGAUGGCCAAGAAGCACAAAAAGAUCCGGCUGCGGUGCCAGAAGGGGAUUCCCCCGUCCCUGCGGGGCCGGGCCUGGCAGUACCUCUCCGGCGGCAAGGUCAAGCUGGAGCAGCACGCGGGCAAGUUCGAUGAUCUGGACACCUCUCCGGGGGACCCCAAGUGGCUGGACGUGAUCGAGCGCGACCUGCACCGGCAGUUCCCUUUCCACGAGAUGUUUGUGUCCCGGGGCGGCCACGGCCAGCAGGACCUGUUCCGGGUGCUGAAGGCCUACACCCUGUUCCGCCCCGAGGAGGGCUACUGCCAGGCCCAGGCCCCCAUCGCUGCCGUCCUGCUGAUGCACAUGCCCGCCGAGCAAGCCUUCUGGUGCCUCGUGCAGAUCUGUGAAAAAUACCUGCCGGGCUACUACAGCGAGAAGCUGGAAGCCAUCCAGCUGGACGGGGAGAUCCUGUUCUCGCUGCUCCAGAAGGUGGCCCCGGUGGCCCACAAGCACCUGAGCAAGCAGAAGGUGGACCCCAUCCUCUACAUGACCGAGUGGUUCAUGUGCGCCUUCUCCCGGACCCUCCCCUGGAGCUCCGUGCUGCGCGUCUGGGACAUGUUCUUCUGCGAGGGUGUGAAGAUCCUGUUCCGGGUGGGGCUGGUGCUGUUGAAGCAGACGCUGGGCUCGUCCGAGAAGCUCAAGUCCUGCCAGGGCCAGUACGAGACCAUGGAGCGGCUGCGGACCCUCAACCCCAAGAUCAUGCAGGAGGCCUUCCUGGUUCAGGAGGUGGUCGAGCUGCCCGUGUCGGAGCAGCAGAUCGAGCGGGAGCACCUGAUCCAGCUGUGCAGGUGGAAGGAGACGCGGGGCGAGCUGCAGUGCCGGUCGCCCCCGCGGCUGCACGGCGCCAAAGCCAUCAGCGAGGCCGAGCCCGGCCGGGCCCCGGCCCCCGCCCCCUCCAUCCGCCCGCCCCCGGGCACCCAGCUGCCCGCCGCCGGCCCCAAGACCAAGCUGCAGCGCCAGGCGGAGAAGGAGCAGGAGAAGCAGCGGCAGAGGGAGGAGAAGCAGCGACAGAAGGAGCGGAGGCAGGCGGAGAAGGAGGAGAGGCAGAGGAAGAAGCAGGGGAAGGGCAGCCUGGCGGGCGGGGCCCCCCGGGACGCCCCAGACCGACUCCAGACCCCCGCGGCCGAGGCGCCCGGAGACCCCGGCGACGCUACCCCGGACUCUCCCCGCCGCCACCGCUCCGAGGAGAGUCUGAACUCGCAGGGGAGCGAAGACACCUACUUGUAACCGGGCCCGGCCCGGCCCCCGGGGGUCGGGGGGGGGGCGUGGGGACGGACCGGGGGAGGGCACCCUUCCCGCCCCCGAGGGCUUCGCCCAGUUCCCCUCCCCGGGGGGCUCGGAGGAGGGGACGGGUGGAGUCGGGCCCGGCCCCCUCCGGGCUCCGACGUCCCUUAGGUCCCUUAGGACCGACGGGGUCACGGGCCCGGGUCUCGUGCCGCUCGGGGCGUCGUGACCGCGGGGCGGGGGGGGUUCUUGGAGCGGGAGAGCCCUGGGGGUGGGCUCCGCUGGAGCCGACCCCGUUUUCCCACCGCCCUCUCCGCCGGGCCCGGGCCGAGUCCGAGUCUAGGGCGGCCCAGACACUACAGGGGUCCCGGGGGCCGGAGGGAGGGCGGCCCCGCAGUCCGGUCCUCCUUUGGCUCCCCGGGGGCUACAGGCGGGGCCGCGGUCGGCCACAGUUCCGCGGCCCACGUCCCCCCCCACCCCCAGUAUUACUUUACCACACGGAAGGGCGGGCCCGGUCCCGCCGGAUCCAGCCCGCUUCGGGGCUGGCGGGGAGGAGGGUGACCCCGGGGUGGCAGAGACCAGGCCGGGUCCCUCCAACUCCUCGCUGACUAUUUAGGCCCCUCCUAGUAUUAAUAACUCAGCCCGGGCAGAGCUUCGGGGCAGGGCUUCGGGCCACGUGAGGAGUGGACAGUCGGGCCCCUCCGCCCCCCUCCCUCCGUGCGUCGUGGAGUGACCGCUCCGCGCAGUCGGGACCAGUGAAAUCCAGAGCUUCCUUCGAUUCCGGGGCCUCCGCCCCCACCCCUCGACCCCCUCCCGGACCCUUGCCCGCUCCCGCCUUGCUCGACCCCGGCCCGGGCAUCGGUGUCAGCGGGAGGUGUCCGCGAGGGUGGGCCGGGGGCGGGGGGGGCGGUCGGGACCGUGGCCCCCACGGGAUACUAGCGCGCGCUUGCGCGUGCAGGGAGCGCGGGCGUCCUAUCCCGGCCGGGGCGGACCGGAGCGGGAAGGUGACGGCGGCCACCGGGAGCCUCUCCACCGGGCGGGACACGGGCCGGGGCGGGGGCGGCUUUUCUUUAUGUAAAAUAAUCCACGGGUUUUGUACAGAAAUAAACGGGGUUCUGUAAAGGG